ACUUCAACGUGAAUAGUAUACAGAUAUUGUUUUUUUUUUUUGUUUUUUUUUUAUUUUUUUUAGUAAUAUUAAUUAUUAUUUAUCAUAAAAAAAUCGUGUAAUGCGACGGAAAUAUUUAUUUUGGUGUUGUUUCAACAGUGGAUACAGCAAAAUGACGAAAGCCUUACUGCUGUUUAUGAUUUUUACUUUAUGUGACAUACGAGCAGAAGAAUCAAGCACAACUCUACCAUCAGAAACAACUCUUGGCAAAUUAUUACGUCAAGCUCGUUCUGAAUAUUAUCCAAGUAAAUAUGAAGCAGAUGGCUCAUCUGUAACUUCUGGUGCAAUUGGAAUUCGUGGUGAACCAGAACACAGAGAUGCUGCUUAUUAUGAGUCACGAUGUAUCACCUGUGACCCAAACAAAUCUGCAGUAGCCGACAGAAUGUGGAGAGGAAAACCACGAUAUGAUUAUUAUGAAGAUGAUAUUGAUGAACGAAGACAUCGAUAUCGUUACAAUGACUAUGCUGAUAGACCACGUAAUAUAGGAUAUGAAUAUGAACGACCAAGAGGAGGAUCAACUUAUGAUAAUGAUCGUCCAAGUAAUUUACCAUUUGAUUAUGAUCGUAUGAGAGGACCAUCACAAGAUUAUGAUCAUUAUGAUACAUAUGGAAGGAUUAUUCCAACGAGACCACUUCCCUAUUCUGAUCGAUAUGAUAUGCAGUCUGGUAGAGAUUAUUAUAAUAAUGACAUGAGAUAUGAACGUAAUUAUGAUCGUUAUUCAGAACGUGGAAAUGGUUAUGACAAUUCAGAUCAAGGAUAUUUAACAAAUGUAAAUCGUUAUGAUUCUUAUAAUUCACAAAGACGACCAAUUGAUGAUCCAUAUAUGUCAAGAUAUGAUGGCUAUAAUUAUAUGAAUAAAACUUUUGUUAACAGAUAUGAUCCUUAUGAUAAAUAUGAGCCAUAUGAUAGAAACAGCUUUAGAAAACCAUAUGAUGAUAGACGUGAUAGAUAUGAUAGAUAUGAACGUUAUCCAUUUCGUGGAGGACCUAAUUCUAGAGGAUACUUUAACUCUGGUUUAUGGGGACCAGGUGGAGAAAGAGGAUAUCCCACUAGUACAUUGAAUUAUGGAGGAGGUUAUAGAGAUAAUAACUGGAGAGAACCUGGUAAAGAAAGAGAACCCAAUAGUGAUCACUGGAAAGACCUGAAUCGUGAUCGAGAAGUUGGACCUUAUCGACCAAGAGAUUAUUAUGAUGGUAGUACAACACAACCUGGAGGACCAAGAGGUACAAGUUAUCGUUACGACAGACCAGAAUCCUCAACAAAACCAGAUUUACCCGAACGGGAUAAGCCCACUAACUCGCCUCAAACACAAGAUAAUAAAGCCUAUAAGGAUUAGACUUAUAAAUUUGACAAGAAAUAAAUUCUUUUACUUGAAUAUUUUUUGUUAAUUACAACAAUUAACAUAAUUUAAAAAAAAAUGUAUUAAUACUCAAUGCCAUUGAUCAUUUCAAUGAGUAAA